AUGAACUCGAAACUCAUCAUUCUCUUGAUCAUCGCCUCAAUUCUUAUCCACGAAACAUCUGCGCAAUACUACGGUUAUUCGAGCUACUAUCCUUCAUACUACGGUAGCUACUAUGGAAGUGGAUAUGGAUACGGUGGAUACGGUUAUCCUGGAUAUUAUGGUUAUUACGGAAAGAGAGCUGCUGGAUUUGGACCAUCUCAACAACAACAACAACAACAAAAUGGAAAUUGA